CACAACACAAUCAACACAAUGGAGUCUUCCCGUCUUCCUCUUUCUCACAACUUGAACUACUUCCCUGCUGUCAAGCCUUCGGCUUUGAUCUUGGGUACUUUGUUCGAGCACGUUUCUUCUUUCAUCGUCUACGGACCCCUUUUCGGACAGACAUGGCAAAAAGCAAUGUCCACGGACAAGAACUCCGAGUUCUGGGCCUCUAAGGAGACCAAGUCCGCCCUGACAAUCUACUCCUCCUCCCUCGUCUCCUCCAUCACCCAGACCUACGCCAUCGCCGCUCUCAUCAACCUCUCCGGUACCGUUACCUACAAGGGUGCCGCACAGCUCGGUGCCCUCAUCUUCAUGGCUCAGACUAUCCCUCAAGUUGUUAUGAGCGUUGUGCAGGAGAAGAGGCCUAGGGAGUUGACUUUGACCAGGGUUGUUACUGGAUUGGUGCAGACUGUUGGUAUGAGUUUGGUGUUGGUGGGUUACGGGACUAGGAGGGCUUUGGUUGGAUCCGACUAA